AGAGCGGUGCUCUCGGACGGACACAGUCGUCGUGCACGGCGCAUUCGGCCCCACGUUCGCCGCUUCGAGGAUGGCCCAGCUUAUGACAGUCAAGCUCGCCCGCUUUGACGGGUCACCCUGGGGGUUCCGCCUCCAGGGGGGCAUCGACUUCGCCCAACCCCUUUGCAUCCAGAAGGUCAAUGGGGGCAGCCCUGCUGAGACUGCGGGACUGCAGGCUGGAGACGCCAUCAUCAAGGUGAACAACACCGACGUCUUCAACCUGAGACACAAAGAGGCGCAAGAUGUCAUUGUCAAAGCUGGCAACAGUUUCGAAAUAUCUAUUCAUAGAGGAGGUGCUUCAACAUGGAAACCACAAAUCACACCUGUGGGUGCCCUCCCAAAGCCAGCCCCCCUCAACAACAAUGUAGCGCCAGUCACAAAAACUUCCCUUGCAGUCAACAAACCCGAGGCUGCCCCCAUUGGAAGUGGACACAACAAUCUUGCAAAGCCUUUCGGAGCCCCUCAACUGAAUGGUAACAGCAUCACCAGCAGCAGCAUCACCAGCACCAGUCAAGUGGACACUGUCAAGUCGAUCACCAGCAAGCAAUACAACACACCUGUUGGUCUGUACAGCGAAGAGAACAUCGCUGAGACCCUGUCGGCACAAGCUGAGGUGCUGGCCAGCGGAGUCCUUGGAGUGAACUUCAAGAAAAACGAGCGCAAAUACGAGCCGAACAACAGCGAGGUGCUGCGAAUGGUGCAGGAAGUGGACCAAGAACCCAGAGACGCUGCCGACCCAGAAGGUAAAUUGGCCGAGUUUGAGUACAAGGAAAACCUGAGGAAUAUCAGGAAUGGUGCCUUUCAGUCAGGCACUUUUAAAAGGCUGCAGGCCGCACUUGACGAAGAGUGCCAUCCAAAAGAUCCCGCGUUCGCCCCCAAUUCAAGUCUCCGAAAAGUAACGGCCCCCGAGACACGACCCGCCCCACAGGCCAACAACACCCCAUCCAACAAUAAGACACAGCUGCCUCCCGGACAGAACAUUUGCUCUGAGUGCGAACGAUUGAUUGUAGGUGUGUUUGUCAGAAUCAAGGAGAGGAACCUGCACGUUGAUUGUUUCAAGUGCAACACCUGCGGCGCGUCGCUCAAGAAUAUCGGCUACUUCAACAUUGGUACAAAGUUGUACUGCGAUGUUCACGCGAAAAUGGCCGCCAGGAAAAAUCCACCUGGCCCGAAUUUGGAGCCUGUCGCCGUUCAACCUGGCCAGUUCCCACCUGCAGGAGCCAUUCCUGCCCACGUGGCCGCUGCUGCCAACUUGCAGUCACCGGUGCCUCUGGCCAACCCUCCAGCACCUCUCAAUCAGCCCAAUUCUGCAGUCAACGCUCCACUGCCCUUCCAUACACCACGUAAAGGCACAUCUCACGUGAGCGCACCUCGCACCUACGUUCAGGGGCCAACUCCGCCUUCAUCGGCGCCGGUUCAACAAGCUCCUGCGCCCAAGCCAUUCUUCUCGCCACCGCCCCCGACCGUUAGCAGUGCCCACAUGAACAAGCCUAUCGGAGGCCAAAAGUUUUCGUGGCCUCCUCAAAAACCCGAGGAUUUGGAUCCUAUGCUCACCGGCCCAACAGCCUGCCCUAUCUACAUUAACCCUCUCGAGCCUACCCCUCUGGAGCGCCCACCACCUCCUCCGCAACCUACUGGUCCCGUUAAGCCUGUGCUAGUGGCACCUGUCAAGCCACCCAAAUCGAUCACUCCUGUGCCCAUUGAGAAAGGCCCUCCAGUUUACCUCCAACCUGAAUUUAACCAGAGACCCGUUUCUCCCAUGGUGUUUGCGCUGACCACUGCUCCCGCCCAGCCCUACAACCUGAGGGCCAGCCCUCUGACCGUGAACCAGAACAAGGGAACUGCCUCCGUAAGAGGCCAACAAACCGUUUUGCCCAACUUCCAACCCUCUUUCGACGCUCCACCGCAACCCUUCCAACCUCAGCAGUUCCCCAUCAAGCCUAUCCAACCUGUUCAGCCACCCCACCCAGUGGCAGCACCUGUGCCUAAACCAGCUCCUCCUCCACCUCAGGUUGUAGCUCAGCCCCCACCGCCUCCACCCCAGCCUGUAGUUCAGCCCCCACCUCUUCCACCCCAGCCCGUUUUCUCACCCCCUGCGUUCGCGCCCGCUCCUCCUCAACCCCAAAUCGUUGCACCGAAACCUCAACUGCCAAGUUUGCAAGCUGUUGCUGCCCCUCAGGCCAGACCCAUAUCCCCCCUGCCACCUUUGGCUACGAUUCCCGUAAAACAAACCUUCCCACCCCCGGCUCCUGUGAAUAUGCCAAGGCCGACCUCCCCUCUGCCUCAGCUCACCUCAAUUCCCGCCAAGCAAACCUUCCCUCCGCCGGCACCGCUGUUGAACCUGAGCAAAACCCUGUCCUCCGCGGUGGCUGCUGCGGCUGCCCAACCUCCAGUUUCUGAACCUGACCCAUCAGGAUUUGGCGGCGCACCCCCUGCUAACAACGCCGGCAACGCCAAGGGUGGCAGUCUCGCUGGAACGACAGCUCCGCGCCGAGGAAGGGGCGUCCUGAGUGCACCAGUCGCUGCUGGAGGCCGCGUUCCUCUCUGCGGUCACUGCUCCGGUCAAAUCAGAGGUCCUUUCAUCACCGCCAUGGGAAAAACUUGGUGCCCUGACCACUUCAUCUGCGUCAACGCUCAGUGUCAGCGCCCACUUCAGGACUGCGGUUUCGUUGAGGAGAAGGGUGACCUUUAUUGCGAGUUCUGCUUUGAACAGUUCCUUGCUCCGGCGUGUGAUAAGUGUCGCAAGAAGAUCAAGGGGGAUUGCUUGAACGCGAUUGGCAAGCACUUCCAUCCUGAAUGCUUUAACUGCGCAUACUGCGGCAAACUUUUUGGUAACAGCCCAUUCUUCUUGGAGGACGGUCUUCCUUACUGUGAGGGAGACUGGAAUGAGCUGUUCACUACAAAAUGUUUCGCCUGUGGUUUCCCGAUUGAGGCCGGAGACCGUUGGGUCGAGGCCCUGAACAACAAUUACCACAGCCAAUGCUUCAAUUGCACAUCUUGCAAGAAGAACCUAGAGGGCCAGAGUUUCUUUGCUAAGCAGGGACGUCCUUUCUGCAAGGCCCACGCGCGCUAAUUUGCACACGCAUCCAAGAGGAGAAAAGCCUUGCAUUAUUGUUAAAGUAUUUGAAGAAAAAUCACAUCGUCCACGUUUACUUAAUUUUAUUAUCAACUUAGGAUUAAAAUUUUACUUUUAAAAGUAGAUAACUACUCACUACAAAAAGAAAAGGACUCAAAUGUGCAGAUUUACUGACUGAGGCCUGCUGCCAAAAUUCGGUGCAGGAUUUGCGCAUCCAGGCUGUGGUGCCUCUGCACGUUUGACCCGACUAUGGUUGUUCUAAGUCUUUUAAAAAAAGUGUGCUUCCACUUCUGUGCGAUUUUCUGUAUUUCUAAUCAAAUCGAGUGCCUUAUAAUUACAAAAAAGUUAUAACGAUCGUUUAAAAUGUAUUAACAUCAAGAGGGAUUCUCUGUCCGUGCAAAAUUUACACAACUAUCGUAAUCAAGAGCUACAUUUUAGCACAGAAAGUCGUCAAUAAAAUGUAAAAAUAAGUAAGUGUAAUCGAGUGUAUAUUUCAUCUUUAGUCAAGUUGCGGUCUGUUACCAUAAUUUAAUAUUUGUAAAAAAGGAAUUUGUUGCUUUCAUAAAAAAUGUAACUUUUCAAUUAUCACGAAGUUCAGUUGUCUGUUACACAGUCUUAAUCGAAAAUGGAGUGUUUAGACAAAACGAAUGCAAAAAUAAAAUGCUUGUCAUUAAUAGAAUAAAAAUUACUUGUCGAUAA